CGGGUGCCAGCCCUGCCCUGCCUGUGCCCACCUUCCCCACGAAGCUGCUUCUGGAAGGAGAUGCCAACCAGCGACUAACCCAAAGCUGAUGGGGUGGGAACGAAGGGGACAGGAUGGAGCUGGAUGUCCCCAAGCCCUAGAAGGUGCAGCCCGCAGGGCUGGAGGCAGAGGAGAGGACUCGACCCCGGCUGCCUCCCCCAUGCUCCAUCAGCGUUGGUGCUCCGAAGGCGUUGGCACCUCUCGUGGCAUCACCAGCCUGGUGACAACUUGGGCUUCACCCCCGGCUUGCCUCGGCCACCCGGAGCGUGGGGAUCAGGCGAGGAAGGAGGGGGCAGGCUGCUCCGCGGCUUUCCCUGCCCUGGCUGGGAUGUGCCGGCGGUGAGGAGAGGGCAGGUCCGCCGAGAGCCGCGGUGCUGCCUCCGCUUGAUGCCGCUGCCCGGGGGGCUUCCAGCGGGACCAUGCAGCCCUUCAGCCUGCAGAACCUCUCCAUAUGCUUCCAGCUCCUCAUGUUCUCCUGUCAGACCCAGGGGCAGAAUCAACCCUCUCCUAAUUUUAACCAGUACGUGAGGGACCAGGGGGCCGUGAGCGACCAGCUGAGCCGCCGGCAGAUCAGGGAGUACCAACUCUACAGCAGGACCAGCGGCAAACACGUCCAGGUGACCGGCAGGAGGAUCAGCGCCACCGCCGAGGAGGACAACAAGUUUGCCAAGCUGAUCGUGGAGACAGACACUUUCGGCAGCCGAGUCCGCAUCAAGGGGGCGGAGAGCGAGAAGUACAUCUGCAUGAGCAGGAGGGGCAAGCUGGUUGGCAAGCCCAACGGCAGGAGCAAGGACUGCAUCUUCACGGAGGUCGUGCUGGAGAACAACUACACAGCCUUCCGCAGCGCUCGCCACGAGGGCUGGUUCAUGGCCUUCAGCCGCCGGGGCCGGCCCCGCCCGGCCGCCCGCAGCCGCCAGAACCAGCGCGAAGCUCACUUCAUCAAGCGGCUGUACCGCGGGCAGAUGCCCUUCCCCAACCACCCCGACAGGCAGAAGCAGUUCGAGUUCGUGGGCUCCUCCUCCCCCACCCGCCGCACCCGAGCCCCGAGCCCCCGCUCGUAGCGCCGCCACUCGAGAGCUGAGCGCCCAGCCCGAGCCUGCCGGGCUCUGCCCUCCUCAUCCUCGCCGCUCUGCGGCUCGCCAGGCUCCUCUCCUGGCACUCUCUGGCACUGCUUCUUCCCCACCGCUCUGCCUGAAGAUGCUUCUGGUUCUGAUGCUCCUCUCGGGUAUCGUGGACAGAUUGAGGAGGGCAUGGUCAGGGCAUGGCCUUGUGUGGCACAAGCCUCGUGUUGGGGUUUCUUCAUCCUUGGAGCAUCCCCUGGUACCCACCUGAAGCAUGCCAUGGUACCCACCUGAAGCAUG